GAUCAUUAAUCAACCUAACGUAGGCGCACGCCACGUGAGUGCCUUGGUGCCUCAAGGGGAACCUCCACCGGGCUCCCUCUUUUAUAUCCGGCCACCCUCCCUCGCUCAGCUCACGGCUGGCUUCAACCCUUUCCCUCCCCAUCGUCGACCACGACGCCGAGAUCGCACACGUAAGCCCUGCGUCUUCUGCCAUCUUGCUGGUCGAGCCAACCUGGCACACGACACCCCCCCGCCCCCCUGAACCGAACUCCCACCACAUCUGUAUCGCCUCACUCCUCCCGCCGCCAACAUGCCCAAGAAGCUCCGGUGCUCGUUUGAGAACUGCAAGGCGGCCGCGCAGCGCAUCUCGGGGGACUGCACCUUCUGCCAGGGCCACUUCUGCAGCAACCACCGGCUAUUAGAGGACCACAAGUGCCGGAACCUCGAGGACUGCAAGCGCGAGGCCUUCGAGCAGAACGCGAUGCAGCUCGACAAGGAGCGCACGCAGGUCAUCAAGACCGCGUAGCCGGGAAUCCCUAUCCCUCCCGAAGAUGGCAUAUGGCCAUCGACGCUGACGCCGACGCCGACCGUCGCGCGAUGACAGCUUUCCGAUGUCGCCACCGUGAGCGCCGCCCGUUCAACGGUUCCGACCGGUGAUAGCAGCGGGCUUCGACGAUCGACGAUGAGGGCACACUGCUGGCCAACCCCGCCAAUUAUGCCAUCUACACGAGCGCUCGUCUGCGGCGCGGCGGUUGGAUCGAAACGCAGCCGCGGCAAUAUUACAAUUCCUCUUUCACUUUCGGCCAUUGGUGAGAUACAGCAGGACAGCCCGGCGUAGAGGGGCAUUUGUUCAUGAAUUUGUAUUUGGCAUGCUUGGCGUCCUGGAGGGAGGAUUAGGGAUUUGCUCAUUUAUCCCUGGCCUAUUUAUCAUUUGUUAGGCAGGGAAUUGGGUCGAUGGAUGGAAUUCAUCUUGGAGAAGCUGGAAUGAUAUUCGCUUCAUCCUGCUGGGACGGCCUGGAUGCUAUGGGCAUCUGGCCGUUGGCCUCCAGACAGGCGGCUUAGACACAAAUAGACGUCUUACCAAUCACUUUGUGAUUUGUGCUUUAAGAUACGUGUUGCGUAGGGCAAUGUGCUCUAGUUUCGCUCGGGAUGACGAAAGCCGUCAUGAGGGCUCCGAUAUCGUAUCGGAUGA